GUGAGCUCUUCACUUGCUUUCUGGAUUCCUCUUUUCAGGUGCAACGUUUGGGACUAGGCUUGUCCCUUAAACACUACGUGAAUAACUUCAUGGUGUUGGUUUCUGAGAGGCCUCUGAAUGCAGAAGUCCUGACAACUUAUUUUCCCCCUCUUACCUGCAGCUGGGUCUUCGUGUGGGAAAAGGGCUACCAGGAGGUGGACUCCGUAGUCAGCUCCGUUAUGAUCAAAGUGAAAGGAGUCACCGUGACCAACACGUCAACUCUGGGGCCCCGGGUCUGGGAUGUGGCUGACUAUGUUAUUCCACCUCAGGAAGAGAACACCGUCUUCAUCAUGACAAACAUGAUCAUGACACUGAACCAAACGCAAGGUUCCUGUCCCGAGCUUCCAGAUAAGACGACUGUGUGCAAGUCUGAAGGGGACUGCCAUGCAGGAUAUGCAGGCACUCAUAGCAACGGAGUCCAGACUGGGAACUGUGUUAAGUACAAUGGCUCCAUCAAAACCUGUGAGAUCUAUGCGUGGUGUCCCGUGGAGGAUGAUAUGAAUGUACCCAGGCCAGCUUUCCUAAAGGAUGCUGAGAACUUCACCAUUUUAGUGAAGAACAACAUCUGGUAUCCCAAGUUUGACUUUGCCAAGCGAAAUAUUCUCCCUAGUAUCAAUUCCACGUACCUGAAGCGCUGUAUCUAUGACCCUCAGACGGAUCCCUUCUGCCCAAUAUUCCGGAUCCAAAAAAUAAUGGAGGCUGCAGGGCAGAACUUCCAGGAGAUGGCUGUGGAGGGUGGAGUUAUGGGGCUGCAGAUCAAGUGGAAUUGCGACCUUGACAAAGCAGCUUCUCUCUGUGUGCCGAAAUACAGCUUCCGUCGCCUUGACAACAAGGAUUCCAGAUACACCGUCUCCCCAGGCUACAACUUCAGAUUUGCAAAGUACUACAGAGACACAAGCGGCCUCGAGGCACGGACCCUCAUCAAGGCAUAUGGCAUCCGCUUUGAUGUCAUGGUGUUUGGAAAGGCAGGAAAAUUUGACAUCAUCCCUACAAUGAUUAACAUUGGCUCUGGUUUGGCACUGCUGGGAGUGGCAACAGUCCUGUGUGACAUCAUUGUCCUGUAUUUUAUGAAGAGAAGACAUUUCUACAGAGAGAAGAAGUACAAAUAUGUGGAGGACUAUGAACUGCUCCUUUGCACUGGAGGAGAACAGAGCUUGAAUGACUGAAAGCCAUCGGCACUUCCUGCUGGGGACAGACAGGGAGGCAACUCUACCUAUGGGACGCAGCCGUGACAUCCAUGGAGCUGCAGCAUCAACCGCUAUAUGUGAAGCACUGCUGCAAAUAGUGCCCCACUUCACAUAUGGACAAUGAAGAGAUGCUGCAGAUUCUCUCCUUGGAACAAGAGACUUUCUUACUACUCAGAUGCAGCACAGCAGAAGCCAAAGGGAAAUUUGGAGUUGCUGGUGUUUUGGAGUUGUUCAUGGUAUCAAAAGCAAAGAUCAGGCUGUGGGAUUUUGUCUUUUUUGCCCCCCGUAGAAGUCUGGUGCAUUUCUAGUAUUUAAGUACACUACUAGCUGUAUCCAUGCCCCAGGUGCCAGUUCAUCUCCUCUUCAUCUCGACCCAGAGCACGCUGAGGGGCAGGGCACAGCAGCACUGGGGGACCCGGGAGGAGGAAGGCGACUUCAGGUGGCACUCCUCGGCUGUGACCUAGGGGAAAUGCUGGUUGCCUUCCUGUGAGGCUACCUGCGAGUGGAAGAAGGGAUACAGAAAAAUGCCUUGCUCACAGAAAAGACAUUCCUUGGAUUGAGUGAGCUCCAUGCUGUGUUGCUUUUAACUUUGGAAGAGCACUGAGCCACAUCUUCCUGUCCCAUACUUGUUUUCCUUUUGGGUGAGGGCAAGUCAGUCAGCUAAUCCUCCCUGGCCCACUGACACCCUGUCAGACCUCCAGCAGCCCCAGAAGCUGAGGCCCUGCACUGAGUGGCUGAUCACUCUUUCUGGUCCAUUUAUUAAAAUUCAGUUGUUGCAAUGACAGAAAUGCAUCUGAAGCUGUGAAUUGCUGUGUGAGAACUGCUCUGAGCCAUGCUGGAAGGCGGUAAUGUGCCUCUCCUUCAAGAGCACACAAUGGAUAUACAUUCAGCAAGUGCCUUGGGUUUUGUUUUCUACUGUAAGUUAGUCCUCCAAACAGUGAAUAAAACCAUUUCAAACUUCC